AUGACGGAGAGCGGGCAGUAUGUGAUGCGCAAGGUGCGCGAAUGCGAGUUGGCACGUAUGGCUGUUAUUCGGCAUGACGCAUUCAUGGAGAAUCCACACUUGGACGAGCAGGAUGAGCUUAGUCGCUUGUUGGCUACGGAGCCGGACGCCGAGUUGGGUCGUCCAGCGACACGCGACGAAGCCUUGUGUCAGAUCACGUCUCGACUCGCUGAAUCCUUCGCCAAACCGUCAUCGCACGUUAUAGGCAUCUACCACCUCGCGCACGCGACCAAGAUGAUCGAUCAUCAUGACGUGCAUGACUCGUCCGAUCUACCGAGCUCCGCUACCUUGGCAGGAUUUGCAAUCUGGAUCAAAAUCACCCCGCAUUCUACCCCGGACUCGACACAUACAGACCAAAUCGAACAGCGCCGCCCGUCUCUGCUAAACCGCUUCUCUGCCCAACUCAACCGAACUAGAGAACGUGAGAUGAAAAAUAAGCUUUACUGGUUCCUGAAAUUGCUCGUCAUCCAUCCGAUCUUUCAGAGACUCGGCCUAGGCUCCAAACUCGUCAAAUGGGGAACUCGCAGAGCCGACUCAGAAAACAUCGACGCUUGGCUCGAAAGUAGCCCCAUGGGAAUAAAAACUUACCUCAAUACAGGCUUCAAGGUACUAGGCAUGGACAAAAUCGUCGAACCAAGAGCUGCAAACGGGUUCGUUGAAUGGCCCUACAUGAUCUACCAACCCAAGCCCAACCACGGCCAAAGCCAAAGCCAAAGCGAAGACCAAAGCCAAAGCCAAAGCCAAAGCCAAAGCCAAAGCCAAAGCCACUAG